AUAUUAUUUUCAAAGAUAACACGAUUAUAUAAACAAUAAAAUAUUGUAUUCGUGAGCAGCGCCCUACCGAAGAGCGAUUCCAGUAUACAUCCAACGGUUACGAAGAGCGGAUCCAUCAUGUCCCAGCCACUGCAGCCACCUACGCUCCCUAAAACCUGCUACCAAAUGUGGGGCGGACGCUUCAGCCAAAAGCCUCACGAAGCUUUGGAGGCGCUGAACAACAGUCUGCCCUACGACUCUCGGCUCUAUGCAGAUGAUCUGGAUGCCAGCAAGGCGUAUGCAGAGGCUCUUCAUCGAGCUGGUCACCUGGACGAAGCCGAGGCGGAUAAGCUGGUCAAGAGUCUGGAGCUAUUACGCUUUGAUUGGAUCGAGGGCACAGUGAAGUUCCGGCCAGGAGAUGAGGACGUGCACACGGUCAACGAGCGGCUGCUGGUGGAGAUCACCGGUGAACUGGGCCAGCGGUUGCACACAGGACGGAGUCGCAACGACCAGGUGGUCACGGAUAUGAAGCUGUGGCUGCGUAAGGCUAUUCGUGAAACCCUGGGCCGCCUAAGCCGUGUCAUAGAAACAGCCAGCCGACAGGCAGAGCAUCACCUGGGCGUCCUGAUGCCAGGAUACACACACCUUCAGCGCGCCCAGACCGUCCAGUUCUCCCACUGGCUGCUAUCGCAUGCCUUUGCCCUGCGAGAAGAUGGCCUGCGGCUGGCUGAGCUCCGGGAGCGGGCCAAUGUCCUGCCUCUGGGGAGCGGUGCACUGGCGGGGAAUCCUCUUGGCAUCGACCGCCUGUGGCUGGCCGAGCGUCUGGGGUUCUCGGGGGUGACACCCAACAGCAUGCAUGCAGUGGGAGAUCGCGACUUCGUAGUUGACUUUAUUUACUGCUGCUCCUUGGUGAGUCUCCAUCUGUCACGUUUGGCCGAGGACCUGAUCAUCUACAGCACCAAGGAAUUUGACUUUAUUCGUCUGGCAGAUAGCUUCUCCAGUGGCAGCAGCCUGAUGCCUCAGAAACGGAACCCGGACAGCUUGGAGCUUAUACGUGGCAUGUCGGGGGUGAUCACCUCGAACCUGACGGGCAUUAUGAUGACCAUCAAAGGCACACCGUCCACCUACAACAAGGACCUGCAGUUUGACAAGGAGUACUGCUUCCAGUCCUUCGAUAAGCUUUCCCAGGUGCUAGAGGUCACCGAUGGUGUCCUGCAGACGAUGCAGGUGCAGCAGAAUUCAAUGGAAGCUGCCCUCAGCACGGAUAUGUUGGCCACGGAUUGGGCUUACUAUUUGGUGAAGAAGGGACUUCCCUUCCGCCAAGCCCAUCAUGUCAUUGGCCGCGUGGUUUCCCUGGCCGAGGAGCGUGGUGUGGAUAUCACCGACCUGCCGCUGGGCGAGCUGCAAGCCUUCUGCCCCGCCUUCGGAUCCGACAUAGUCAGUGUGGCGGACUACUCUAACAACGUGCAGCAAUACAACGCCAUUGGAGGCACCUCCAGUUCCAGCAUCGUGGAGCAGCUAAGGCUGCUUAAGAAAUUCGCCAAGGAUUUGCGCAAGCAGUCCUAGCUAGCAGGAGCAGCGCUUUAUUUCGUUUGAAUUUUUGGUUUUUUGAUUAACAAAUUAAAAAGUUACAUUUACAAACUGA